AGGCCCGCCCCCGCCUGGGCGGCCGGCCCCGGUGGGGCGGGAGUGUCAGGGCGGAGGCGUCGCUGUGUCCCGCCGGCUGGGGCCGAGGCCGCGGGAACGAGCUCACCGCGUAACUACUGCCAGACCGGCCCCGGAUCCUCAUCGCAUCCCUGCCUCGGUCUCAGGCGGUGAGCACUACAACUCCCGGCAUGCCGUGAACUUGAUGGCCGAGGCUCGGGGGCGGUGUGCAACGCUGCGGCCCGUCCAGCUCACCCGUUUGGUCUCCUCCGCUGCCCCGGCCGCGCGCGGAGCGGGGACGCGAGCUAUGGAGGAGCUGCCGCCCCCGCCUGUGGGCUCCAGCAAGCCGCUCCUGGAGAAGCUGACCCUGGGGAUCACCCGCAUCCUAGAUGUUUGGCAAACUGGUGCCACUUCAAGGGAAAACCUACCUAAGGAAUUAAACAACUCUGAAUCAUCCCCAGGUGUGACAGAGGUGACCAUCAGAGAAAAGCCACCUGUUGAACGUCAUAUGAUUUCUUCAUGGGAACAAAAAAACAACUGUGUGCUGCCUGAGGAUGUGAAGAAUUUUUACCUGAUGACCAACGGCUUCCAGAUGACGUGGAGUGUGAAGCUGGAUGAGCAUGCCAUUCCAUUGGGCAGCAUGGAAAUUAACAGCAUUGCAAAACUGACUGAACUCAACCAGUCUUCCAUGUACUCGCUUCCUAAUGCACCAACUCUGGCUGAUCUGGAGGAUGAUAUUCAAGAAGCCUGUGAGAACCAGCCAGAGAAGCCUCACUUUGAUUCUCGCAGUGUGAUAUUUGAGCUGGACCCUUGCAAUGGGAAUGGGAAGGUUUGCCUUGUCUACAAAAACGGAAAACCAGCAUUAGCGAAAGACACCGAGAUCUGGUUCCUGGACAGAGCCUUAUACUGGCAUUUUCUCACAGACACCUUCACCGCCUACUACCGCCUGCUCAUCACACACCUGGGCCUGCCCCAGUGGCAGUACGCCUUCACCAACUAUGGCGUCAGCCCGCAGGCCAAGCAAUGGUUCAACAUGUACAAGCCCAUCACCUACAACACAAACCCGCUCUCCGAAGAGACUGACUGCUUUGUGAACAAGCUGGACCCCAGCAAAGUGUUCAAGAGCAAGAACAAAGUCUUAAUCCCCAAAAAGAAAGGGCCUGUCCAGCCGGCAGGUGGCCAGAAAGGGCCCUCGGCUCCUCCCUCCACACCUAAAGCCUCCUCUGGCUCUGGAAACCCUGCCCGGAAAUGACCACCCGCCUCUAGCCCCCUGCCAGCCCCAUGGGGAUGAUUUCCAUGCACAGAUGUCCCCGGGCAGCCCCAGCCCGAGCGCCUCCUCCAGUCUGAGUGACCAGCGCCCCAGGCCCUUCACGCCCAUCAGCGUGAGCCAGGAGUGAGAAGGGCACACUCAGGUCUCCCCAGGAGCCGCCCUCUCAUACCCUCGCAGCAGGUUGUGCCACCCCCGUCUCCAAAAGCUGGGGAAGAGUUCAGAUCUUGCUGAAGUGGCCAAAUCUGUUGGGAGCUUCCUCUCUGCCCAGCCACAACCCCCCACCAUUCAGCAGUGAUGAGAGGAAGCCCCCAAGGAACCGCUGGUUUUGACCCACGAGGCAUUAGAACUGCAGUGUUCAAUUGGUGGCCACUAGUCACAUGAGGCUAUUUAAAUUAUACUAAAAAUUCAUUUCCUCAUUAUAUAUGUUGUGUUAUAGCCACAUUUUGGAUAUUCAUGUGGCUAGCGGUUCCGUACAGACAGCGCAGAGACACGGGGACAGCUCCUCCACCACACUGGAUGCUGCCCGACAGCACGGCAUCACAUUCGCGCUGCUCCUCCGGCCAGUUCAGUGGUUAGAGACGUCAAAACCGUAAUCUGAUGCGUCAUGGCGUUCCGUGUAAACUCUUGAAAUUAUAUUAGAAUGUUCUUUAUAUCCUUCACCACAAACAAAUGUCCCUCUGCUCAUUUCUUUUUCAGUUUCCUAUAAAGUUUUUUGCUUCCA